AUGAACCUUUGCAAGGACCGUCACAACGAUAUCAUCCGCAGCCAGCGGUUUCAACCCCGGCGGGAGAUCGAUGACUUGGGUCGUGUGAUGCACAGAUGGGCAUGCAUCAUGAUCCGCCGCAACGCCCACAAAACCCUGCAGUCAGGCGGAGACGACUUUUGGUUGUCGUUUGGGGGAAUGGUCAGACAGGCCCUGAAUCAGGUCAUUGGAUCUGGAAUCAAAACAGAUGCUGUGAUCAGCAAGAUCAAAGCAUGGGCGACCGCCGAGAAGGACGCCACGGAGCGUGGCCAUGAGAGCGCUGGUUCCAAGAGAGUCACCACUCCGGCAGUCUUGGGCGACAAGCGAAAGAGAAAUGGUUAG